CUAGAAAUGUGAUUUGUCGAUUCUCGUGCGAUCAGGGUAGAUUGGAAAUGUGGAUCGACAUGUUUCAAGUCGGCGAGGUUCCUCUGAAGCCGCCGAUCGACAUCAGCCCGCCCGUACCCGAGGAAUACGAGAUCCGCGUGAUCGUUUGGAACACGGCAGACAUACCUCUUGUGGACAGUCAAUUUAUUACGGGUGAAAAAUGCUCCGACAUUUACGUUAAAGGGUAUUUAUGA